AUGUCACAAAAGAAUAAACUUAUUAAUGAUCCUAUCCAUGGGUAUAUGUCAUUUGAAAAGUGGGCGAUAGAAGUUAUAGAUACACCACAUUUCCAAAGAUUGCGAGAUAUUAAACAAUUAGGAACUACUUAUUAUGUUUUUCCAAGUGCGAGUCAUAAUCGUUUUGAACAUAGUUUAGGAACAGCACACCUUGCUUACACCUUAACCAAAAGAUUACAAGAACAAUCGGGUGUCGAGAAAUCGGACCAUGAUCUCGAAUGUGUGACUUUAGCUGCCUUGUGUCAUGAUUUGGGACAUGGACCAUAUAGUCACGUGUUUGAUAGCAUCGUUAUUCCGUACCUAAAACCAUCAUCUAAAUGGAAACAUGAAAAAGGAUCCGAAAUGAUGGUUGAACAUCUUUUUGAAAAACUUGAAUCGUAUUCUAUCGAUUUAAGCUCGGAUGAUGUGAAAUACAUCCAGGCACUUAUUAAAGGUGAUUCAACUGGAAUAUCUCCAUACCUAUUUGAUAUCGUUUCCAAUGAACGUAACUCUGUGGAUGUUGACAAAUUUGAUUACCUCGCACGAGAUUGUUACCAGUUAGGAAUGAAAUCAUUAUUUGACUUUUCACGAUUGAUGCAGUUCUCUCGCGUCAUGGAUGAUCAAAUAGUCUACUAUCAUAAAGAAUGCUUUAACAUUUAUGAAAUGUUUCACACGCGAUAUUCUUUACACAAGAAAGUAUAUAGCCAUCGCGUUAGCGGAGCAAUUGAUUAUAUGAUAAGAGAUGCGCUUGUGGAAGCAAAUUCAUCUCUCAAAAUUGCAGAUGCAAUCGAAAAUGCGGAAGAAUAUAUCCAAUUGAGUGAUUCUAUUUUGAACAAAAUCGAAUAUUCAAAUUUGGAGGGAUUGACCAAAUCAAAAGAAAUCAUUAAACAGCUUAGACGAAGGAAAUUAUACAAAUUUGUUGAUGAGUGUUUAAUCCCGAAAGACAAGAAAGAUGAUAUGAUGAAAGCGAUCAAUGAGCGUGAAAUUAUUAGCUAUCGAAAUGGCAAUGUAUCUUUACAUGAGGAUGAUGUGAUUGUUGAUUGGAAAACACUCAAUUAUGCAAAAAAAGAUGAAAAUCCAGUGGAUGCCGUUAAAUUUUAUAAUGAUGGCGAUAGUACGUUUCCUGUUCCUCGUUCGAAGGUUAGCUAUCUUUUCCCUGUACAAUAUGAAGAAUACAUAGUUCGCAUAUUUGCACGCAAACCAGACAAGGUAAUAUCAAUCGACAUUUGUUGUUUAAUUGUUUCAUCACGAGUGACUAUUGAUCAAUCAACAUUUGUAAAAAAAAAAAACAAAAAGGUCGAAGCAAUUCAAGGUGCUUUUCGGGAGCUGGCGAAAAAAUUAGGUCUAGAACCAAGUCAGGGAUUUUUAAAGUCCGGCUCCAGGAAACGACGUUUUUCCGAGGAAAACCCCUGA